CAGCCUUGACUCUGGCACAAGCCGACGAGGAGGAGGACGGAGCGAGCAGCCUGUGGCGGACGCUGGCCGGAUGGUUAAAUCCAACCUACAGACGAUUUUGAAUAGUCAUUGUUUUGUAAGAGAAAAAGAAAGAAACUUAACCGAGAUGCCUGUCAUUGAGCAGUCCAGUAAUAAACCUGAGAGCAUCUCCAGUCCCAGGAGGUGCUCCCGCUGUUGCAGUAACCCGUGUCCGGGGCCUCUGUGGUGCUCCGAUGCCCCUCUCCCACCCCUGAAGAUCCCAGGUGGGCGAGGGAAUGACCAGCGGGAUCGCAAUCUUUCAGCUAAGCUAUUCUACUCUGAUGCUCAUUUGUUGGUUCUUGAAGAGCCUCCCCCUGCGAACAGCAGAGUGCGUUUCUUGCUCUUUGAGCCGCGCCGGACCGAAGGCAAACAUUGUGUCUGGAGGGCUGCGCUGAAAGGGGGGAACCUUUAUGUUGAAAUCCCCUCUGGAGCCUUGCCCGAGGGCAGCAAAGACAGUUUUGCACUUUUGCUGGAAUUUGCAGAAGAACAGCUGCAAGCUGACCACGUUUUCAUCUGCUUUCACAAGAACCGUGACGACAGAGCAUCCUUGCUGCGUACGUUCAGUUUCCUGGGCUUUGAGAUUGUUCGACCGGGUCAUCCUCUCGUCCCCCCCCGACCUGACGCUUUCUUCAUGGCUUACAGCAUCGAGCGAGACUCCUCCGAUGACGAAUAAAAUGACGCUGAGCAGUUACAAAUGUUUUGUUCCUUACUUCAAUCAAUGCCGACACAUCAGUUCUGAAAAUGAAUAUAUUCUAGUCGUUGGGUGUGACUGAGGUUUCCUGUUUUAAGGCUGUUUUCCCCCUUCCGUACUGCGUGCUGUGUUUCAUUAAGAGUUGCACGAGAGUUAAGAUGUUUAAUAGAGCAGGAAUGUAAAGCAGAAGCCUGCAUGAUACCCGGGCGUUACAUCCUCCCCGCCAUUAUAUCCACCAUGUUCUUGUUCAUCCCGCCCCCUGAAUCCUGACCACAGUAUAUUUAAGAUUAAUUGAAAUCGUACUCAUGUAAAGUAGAUGUUUUCAUAGUAAUUAUCGGUUGAUUUUUUUUUUUUCCUGUUGAUAAUUUUUUUUUAACGUGUGCAUGGUUUUAAUUUGUUUUGAUCCACUCAGUAGAGAUCUGCAUGUUGUAACUAAAUAAAAGUGCUCACCUUA